CACACAUCUUCACUUCUGCCUCUGACCACAACGACUGAAGCACACCUCAGCUCUGAGAGAUCAGUUCAGUAACUGCAGCCACACAAUGUUUCCAAAUACUUCUCUGCCCACCCACACACUCAAGUCUUCUAAGGAUGACCAGGCGGUGGACAUUGAUGCCAUCAUGGACAAUGUCAGCAUCAUCCUGUACACACUGACUGUCGUACUUGGCAUCACAGGGAACUCUGUGGUGAUCUGGGUGGCUGGAUUCAAACUUAAGCCAAAGGUCACCAAUGUGUGGCUGGUGAAUCUGGCGAUAGCAGACCUGAUCUUCUGCUUUACACGAGUUUUCUCUCUCACUAAGAAGCUCUUCUUUGAGCACUGGCCUUUUGGUCUCUUCGUCUGCAAGUUCAAUGGCUUCUUCAAAUAUGCCAACAUGUUCUGCUCUGUCUUCCUGCUGGCUGUGAUCAGUCUGGAUCGAGUGCUCUGCAUCUGGCAGCCCGUCUUCACAAAGCGUCGACGCACCAUGUGGGUAGCGAGGAUGGUGGCGGUCUGUAUCUGGAUCGCAGCGAUCCUCUUGAGCAUUCCCUACUUCAUCCAUCGCCAAGUCUACCUGGGCAAGAAGAACCUGAGUAAGUGCUCUGUGGAUCCGAAGGAGAAGGCAGAAGGGUACAACAGCACCAAAGCUGCGCUCUACUCCAUCCGCUUCCUGUGCGGCUUCAUAUUUCCCUUCAUGGUGAUUCUGGUCUGUUAUAUCCUGGCCGCUGUAGGAAUCAGACGCACCCGCCUGUCAGGGAAAUCCCGCCCCCUGCGUAUACUAGCAUGUUUGGUCAUUGCCUUCUUCCUGUGUUGGGCACCUUACCACUGCCUCUUACUGGUGAAGAUGGUGGACAAUAAAAAUGCAGUGGUGAAAAUCUGGUACCCUGUAGCAAAGGGUGUUGCCUACUUUAACAGCUGUGUGAACCCAUUGUUGUACUUCUGCAUGGGGAUGGAUGUGAGGGGGCGAUUCAGGCAGAGUCUGAUGGGUGUUUACAAAAGAGCUCUGGCAGAUGAUGUUGAUGGACAGACAACUCACUCCAACGAUCGCUCUUUGGAUGAAACCUCGGUGUCCAAGCACAGCACUCUCAUAGUGGCGGGAUCAGGUCUGACAGAAAUGGGUGUGGCUAAAGUUUAAGUUUUCCCUCUAUUGAUCCUGAAGCUUACAGGACAUGUUUCAAACCUAUCACAAUAUCAUCAUUAUAUGAUACGUACACUGGUAAUGGAAUAUAUAGAAAGUCUUCACCUAUGAUUGGAUUGAUCCACACUGGCUCAAUAAAAAAGGAGCUGUGAGAAGUGUUUGUGUCCACCUUAACCUGGAUUAGCUGGGUUGAUGUAUCACAAGAGAGGAUAAGGACAAAAUUAGUAUAUUAGAUAAAUUAUCAAACUGACACCCCUCCAUGAUAUCAAAGUACUACAAGAUUGUGGUAUUACUAUCCACACCAACCUAGGGACUAAAAAAACAGAUUUAAACAGGUAAGUUUAUGUGGAUAAAAUAAUUCAAGAAAACAAAGAAAAAUUGAUGUUUAGAUUAGACAAGAGGGCAACAUACUAAUAAUCAGCUAAUGCUAACAAGCUUGAAUAGCUAGGGUCACACACUGACACAGAAGCCUGUCAAUGAUAUACAAAUGCUAGAAACUGGAGCGCAGACGUCUUGGACAGCCUGCUUGUACACUUACUGCACAGUUUUAUUUUUCAUGUUUGUUUUGUUUUUUAAAUGACAACAAAGAGAAAAUAGUCUACUGUUGUUUACUGAUAUGUAAUUUUUAUGUUAAUAACUGCAACUUUUUUGUAACUAAAGCAAUAAUUAGCAUCCAACCACCAAACAAAGGGUUAUUUAUUUAUUUUAUCCAUUGAUUAAUAUCAGUAAAGUGUAAAAGUAAAAUGUGAAGGAUAGUGAUCUAAAUUAUGCCAAGUAGUAGAAUGCAGUCUAAAUGCCACUCCUCUUUUGGUCUUUAGGUUUUUCUACAAGCAUAUAAGCAUAAUAGUUCAUCUGUACCUAUACGGUUUUGAGCAGGACUUAUUUGACUCCAGAUGAAAAGUGUACUUAAAAAAAUAAAGAUGGUCACUUUGUAGUUGAUUUCUGCAUAGUGGGCAAAAAAUAUUAAAACAACUAAUGUUGUAAUUCAAGUACUGGGACACUCUUUCUUUCACAUUUUCCUUUUCAAACUGGAUUUUAUUUCCUGGUGGUGCAUUUGAAAAAUUCCACAAUGUGAGCAAGUCAUUUUUGAAAAUAUUUAUUUUUAAGAAAACACUUUGGCACAGCAGAGACAAUGUGUUGUAGAUGUAUUACAAGGCUGUUUUACAUUUUGAUUGAUUGAUUAUACUUUAUUCAUCCCGAGGGAAUUUUAUGUUGUUCAGAGUGGGCAGCACGUGAUAUGGUGGUUAGCACUGUGGUUUCACUCACAGGCCUGUGUGGAGUUUGCUUGUUUUUCCUGUGUUUGUGUGGGUUCUCUCUGGGUACUCUGGGUUCCUCCCACAGUCCAAAGACAUGCAGAUAGUGUUAGGUUAACUGGUGACUCUAUAUUGCCCAUAGAUGUGAGUGUGUCAGUAGAGCCCUGUUAGUCCUAUGUCAGGUUGGCGACCUGUCUAGGGUGCAUCCUGCCUCUCGCCCUAUGGUAGCUGGGAUAGGCCCCAGCCCCUCCACCACCUUGAUAAGAAUGAGCAGAAGAGAAUGGAUUAGUGGAUGUCACAUUUUUGAGUUGUGUUUUUGGACAUGUAAUUGAAGUCACAGAAGAAAAGUGGAACUGUGAUGAAGCAGAGGGAAGUGAGACUAUAAGAAAAGCCAGUAAUAGCUUUAGUCAUGACUCUGUCUUGUGUAUAGAGGUCAUUCUGAAGGUUAGAUGAAUGGAAACUGUGCAGUGUACCAAGCUGCAUCGUGUGGUUUUUGUUUUUCGUCUUUUUUUUUUUUUUUUUUUUUUAA